AUGGUAUAUGUUCAGAUCGACGGAGUUGAGGUUUGCGGCGGCGGCGGUGUUUUGGUUGGUGGAGCUGUUGGGUGUCAAAGUCCUCAUGUCAAUAAUGGCUGCCCAGUGCUUGAAAGUUUAUCUUUGGAAGUAUCAUGCAAUGAUGAAGAAAAUUUCAUAUUGAACAUCCCUACUGUGAAACGGCUGAAACUAAUAUGUAGAUCAGACUACAACACUGUGAACGACAAAAUUAUUAUACGCGUCCCUAAACUUGAAUACUUGUUUGUUGAUGGACCAUUGUGCUCGCUUUUUGAAAUGGAAGAUAUACCGUCUUUGGUUGAGGCAUCGAUUCCAUGUUUGCAUUGUACAUUUGAUUUCAUGUGGGCUAGUAUACUAAACAAACUCAGAGGAGUUCAAAAUCUUUCAAUAGAAAAGUUCGGAUUCACUUCACCUCUGCCCGUCUUUCCAAAUAUGAAGCAAUUGGAGUUGAAGGGUACAUGGCAAUCUGGACAAAUCACUCAAUUUCUUGAAAGUUGUCCCGAGUUGAAGAUUUUCAUUAUUGAUUAUAAACAAAUGCCUGGAAAAUCAAUGUUGAUUCCUACUUGUAUGCUAACGAACCUUACAACCAUCAAGUUUUUAAGUUGCGAGGGGGAUACAUGUGAUAUAAAGUUUCUGGAAUACAUGUUGGGUAACACACAGGUUUUAAACGCGGUGACAGUGUUCUCCUGA